GAAAUGAAGUGAUUGUCCAUGUGGUGGACAAAGCGUCUAAUAGAUGCGCUCUACAAGAACACAGAACAAGGAAAGCUCUUGCAAGGGGCCAGUGCUGCUCGACGUAAGCACACACACCUGUCUUGGCUCAACAUCUGCUACACCAGCGGAAAACGCUCCAUCUCCGACCGAAGGCAAGCAAAACGGAGAGGAAAAGACCCACGUAACGACAGAAGAAAGAAGCAAGGAAAGAGAACCUUUUAAGACACCCUGCAUCCAAACAAACCUCCUUAGGUGCGUUUGUCCUGAAGGUGAAUCUCAGGGUCCAACCUGAGGAUUGAGAGGCCAUGUCUGCAGAAUUUAUUUCAUCCAUAGAACAGGAGGGCUGCCCCCGGUCAGGACCCAGUUUUAGAUCCAGUCAGAGGAAGAUGUUAAACCUGCUCCUGGAGAGAGACACUUCCUUUACCACCUGCCCAGACCUCCCUAGAACUCCAGUGAACAAACACUUUGGUGAUUCUGCCAACCUAAGCGUUUUGUCUGGAGGAACCCCCAAAUGUUGCCUUGAUCUUUCGAAUCUUAGCAGUAGCGGAGAGAUAUCUGCCAAUCAACUUACCACUUCUGCAGACCUUGAUGAAACUGGUCUCUUGGAUUCUAAAGGACCUCAGGAAAUACGUUUAGUUGGGAUGAGUCAUCACCAGCACCUUAUAAAAUGCAGCCCAGCACAACUGUUUUGUAGCACUCCAAAUGCUUUGGAUCAUGGCAAGAGAAAGAAAGAUGCAAUAUGUCGCUCAUCUGCAAAGAAAGAAAAUGAGAACAACACUUUGAAGUCCUUGGGGUGGGCACCUGGGAGCCUUAAGUUUCGAAAGACACCAGGGGGGCCUUACAUGUCUCCGCUUUCUCUCCCGGACCAUGGAAACGUUUUGGAAAGUGAAAUAAAAUAUCCUGGCAGUCCCAUUACUACACUUCCAAAAUUGGAUAAAAAUCCAGAACUAGAAGAUCAGGCAGUGGAGAUUUUUGAUGAAUUGAUGACGUUUUCUCUGGAAGAUCAAGAAGAGGGCAAGGCAUCUCUUAAUAGAAGCUCCUUGUAUCGCUCCCCUUCGUUGCCAGAGAAUUUGAACAGGCCAAGACUGAAGCGGACCAUAAAAUUCAAGGACAGCCCAAUAUCACAUAAAGAAAAAAAGGAGUCUUGUUCUAGCCACAAAGAGCUCGGGAAGGGCUUAGGUCUAAAGAAGACAGUUUCUCUCUGUGACAUUAAUAUCAUUCAGAUGCUGGAGGAAGAUUCUUACCAGGGAUCUCUGAUUGGUGAUUUCUCCAAGGUAUGUGUGUUGCCAACCGUGUCAGGGAGACACCAAGAUCUGAAGUACAUCAACCCAGAAACAGUGGCUGCCUUACUGACAGGGAAGUUCCAGAGUCUGAUUGAGAAGUUUUAUAUCAUCGAUUGCCGCUAUCCAUAUGAGUACCUGGGAGGACACAUCCAGGGAGCCUUAAACUUAUACAGUCAGGAAGAACUGUAUACCUUCUUUCUGAAGAGGCCCGUUGUUCCUCUGGACACCCAGAAAAGAAUAAUCAUCGUGUUCCACUGUGAAUUCUCCUCAGAGAGGGGUCCCCGAAUGUGCCGCUCUCUGAGAGAAGAGGACAGGGCUCUGAACCAGUAUCCUGCAUUGUACUACCCAGAACUAUAUAUCCUCAAAGGGGGCUACAGAGACUUCUUUCCAGAAUAUACGGAGCUGUGUGAACCACGGAGCUACUGCCCUAUGCAUCACCAAGAUCAUAAAGCUGAGCUGCUGAGAUGUCGAAGCCAGAGCAAAGCAUGGGAAGGGGAGCGGCAGCUGCAGGAGCAGAUUGCCUUACUGGUGAAGGAUGUGAGCCCAUGAUAAUGGGUCAGUGUUUGGCUGCUUAGGAGUCACCAAAAGACGCUGUAGAAACCCUGAGCAGAAAGAGGCCAUGUUGUAUGUGGCUAAACCCAAGAUUGUCUGCAAACCAACAAGUUGCCAAGCUAAUGAAAUUCCAGGCCUGGGGGUUGGUUUUAGCAGAGCUGCUGGCUGGUGACGGAGUCUGAGAGUAGCCUUGAGUUAUAUGGAGAUUUGUGUUGCUUCAGGAAGUAGUUACAUUCUCUUCCUAAUUAGACUUCUCUUCUAGCAGGCCAGCCAGCUCUUUUCCUGGGCUUUUGCCUGUAUAAGAGAGUUGCCCAUCUUCUUUCUUGCCUUCUUUGUUUCCUUCUCUCCCUUUUUCUUAAAUGGGAAAAUAAACACUGCAAAAGGAGAGAUUUGAUUGUGUGAGCCCACUCCGCUCCUAGAAGAUCUUUACAAGGAAGAGAUCACCAAGUUAGACUCCUUCAAGCAAAGGUAUAACCAUCUCGAUUUAUAGCUGGAAACAAGAUGCUUUUCUCUAGACCAGUGGUUCUCAAAGUUUGGGCCCUGGA